AUGAACAGUAUCCCCCAAUUAGCGGCACAGCCAAAACAUACACCGUCAUCACUGCUCGCCUCUCGACCAUUCUCUCUCCUCUCCACGCCCAACCGCCCAAACCUGCACGCGAUCUCCCGUCUUCCAUCACCACAGACAGUCACUCCAUCUGCGUCAGUCCCGUCUCUACUGGCAUCGCAAUCGCAGGCCCGCUCGUUCUCUGCCUCUGCUUCACUCGGUGUCCGCCGCUCCACUUAUGUCCCUUCGCGGCGCGUUCAGAAGCGGCGAUCUGGGUUCCUGGCUCGCAGUAAGACCACCAAGGGCCGCCAGACCCUUUCGUAUCGGCGCCAAAAGGGCCGGAAGUACUUAAGCUGGUGA